CAAGUCUAACGGCUACUUGGACACACCGGAGCAGUGGCGACCCUUGCUCGCCUCUGAAACUUCGGCUGGAGUGACGACCGUUGCAAAACUGUGGCCCCCAAAACCUUCCAAAAGGAGGCGAAUCUUUUCCCCUCAAGACUCCAGAGUCCAGAUUGCUCUACCUCCCAUCCCAGGCCAUUCCCCCGGAAAUCCAUAUAUCUCCUGCCAACGGAGGAAUUCCGUGCAGAGAUUUGCGAAGUGGCGAAGAGAGAAGCCCGACAAUGGAUUCCAUUAGAUCCCGUUUGAAUCUUCCGGCCGGCAUGGAAGCUUCUCUCCAUCUCGACUUGAUUCCUACCCGAUUUUCAGCAAUCCCGAAGACGCCGUCGCCGUCGAAGACGACAUACAGCGACCGGUUCAUACCUUGCAGAUCAUCCUCGAGGCUGCAACAUUUUGCGUUGGUCGAGAAAUCAUCGCCGGUGAAGGAAGGAGGGAACGAGGCCUAUGCAAGGUUGCUGAAGGCUGAGCUCUUCGGGCCUGAUUCAGUCUCGUCCUCGCCUGGGGGCCAGGGAUCCCCAAUCAGUCCAAAUAAGAAUCUGUUCCGCUUCAAGACGGAUCACUCGGCCCCAAGUUCGCCGUUCUCAGGAGUGGCAUCCGGCCAGGACGGGGGCAUUCUAGGCGAUGUCUCGACACCCCCAAAAGUACCUAGGAAAGUACCCAAGACUCCCCACAAGGUCCUGGAUGCUCCAUCACUUCAAGACGAUUUUUACCUGAAUCUAGUUGAUUGGUCUUCGCAAAAUGUUUUAGCUGUUGGAUUGGGAACUUGUGUCUAUCUAUGGUCUGCAUCCACGAGCAAGGUAACAAAACUGUGUGACUUGAGUCCUAGGGACAGCGUGUGUGCAGUUCAGUGGACUCGUGAAGGCUCCUACCUUGCAGUUGGAACAAGUCUUGGAGAUGUCCAGAUUUGGGAUGCCACAUGCUGUAAAAGGAUCCGGAACAUGGGUGGCCAUCAGACUAGAACUGGAGUGUUGUCCUGGAGUUCAUGCAUUUUAUCUUCGGGAAGUCGAGACAAAAAUAUUCUUCAGCAUGAUCUUCGUGUUUCAAAUGAUUUCAUUAGCAAGCUUGUAGGCCACAGAUCCGAGGUCUGCGGCCUAAAAUGGUCCCACGACGACCGCGAACUUUCAUCUGGUGGAAAUGACAACCAGCUCUUUGUGUGGAACCAGCGAUCCCCGCAUCCAGUCUUAAAGCUUACAGAGCAUACAGCUGCUGUUAAAGCCAUUGCUUGGUCACCACAUCAGCAUGGCCUUCUUGCAUCAGGAGGUGGGACAGCUGACCGGUGCAUCCGCUUUUGGAACACUACAAAUGGCAAUAUGCUCAAUUGUGUGGACACAGGAAGUCAGGUCUGCAAUCUAGCAUGGUGUAAAAAUGUAAAUGAAGUAGUCAGCACUCAUGGUUAUUCCCAGAACCAAAUUAUGGUGUGGAAGUAUCCAUCUAUGGGGAAGGUAGCAACUUUAACCGGUCAUACUCUUCGAGUACUUUACCUUGCCAUUUCACCUGAUGGACAGACUAUAGUGACCGGUGCAGGAGACGAGACAUUGAGAUUUUGGAAUGUCUUUCCUUCCAUGAAAACACCAGCUCCUGUUCGUGAUAGUGUAGUUUGGUCCAUAGGACGAACUUAUAUUCGGUGACAAAGUGGCAAGAUCAUCCUUCGAGCAGAAUAAACUGAUUGCUUCAAUUGUUAUGUAAAUGUUCUAGCAAGAAAUUAGAGUGUUGGGCACCUUGCAAUUGUUACGUCCUUUUCUGCAAGCCUGCACCUUGUAAUAGAUAUGCAAAUCCCUCUGCCAAGUUCGGUCGAGAUGGUUUUAUUGUAACACUACUACCCAAGUCUAUCAUUAUUAUUGCUGAGAUCU